AUGGUGAGGAGCAAAGUGGUGGAGGCACCGCUGAUCUUCGUGCUGUAUGAUGGAGAGCUGAGAAGCAUCGGCCGAAGAAGUGCCGUGAUGAGGGGAGACGAGGCCGAGACGACGCACCUACGAUCCCUACCUGGCGCCUCCAAUCACCUUCGCCUCUUCCAGAUCGACCUCCUUGAUCCAGACUACAUCGUCGCAGCCAUCCGCAGUGUCUCCGGGGUGUUCCACCUCGCCUCGCCAUGCAUCAUCACUCGCGUCCAGGAUCCCCAGAGGGAACUACUAGAUCCAGCGGUGACGGGGACUCUCAACGUUCUCCACGCGACCAAGGAGAGUGGAGUACGUCGGGUGGUCGUCACAUCGUCGAUCUCUGCCAUCGUCCCCAGUCCUGGAUGGCCAACGGAUUGGGUCAAGGACGAGAGCUACUGGACUAACCUUGAUUAUUGUCGACAGAAAGAGCUAUGGUAUCCGAUCUCGAAAAUGAUGGCCGAGAAGGUAGCUUGGGAAUUUGCAAACAAGAAUCAUUUGGAUGUGGUAGUUGUCAAUCCUGGGACUGUGUUGGGACCGAUCAUUCCGUCGAUGAUAAACUCCAGCAUGACUGUACUCGUGCAACUUAUUGAAGGUCAUGAAUUGUCAUUCACGAUCAUUAUAAAUCUCAGGUUUCAGAACAUGUUUAAAGAUUCUCUCUAG